UUACUAAAAUAAUGACUCAUUAUCUUAGAUACUAAGUCUAAAUAUUGAGAAAGUUUCUUAUUAUAAUGACUCACAGUCAUAUUGGCAGAAAUGAGCUUCCGUAGAUUUUAUAUAAAGUUUGCUUAUAAUCAUGUUUUGGGCGUACAGUUUGGUGAGCAUGCGCACAUCGCUGAUGCUGAACUUCUUUGCCAUUUGGAAUGUUGGCGUUGUGACGUAACGUUCCUUCCUUCUUUUCGGCGUUAACUAGGCCACCGGGUUGCCAUGGCGACACGUAGCCUAACUUCACCGCUGUGUGUGUGUGUGUGUGUGUGUGUGUGUGUGUGUGUGACUGUGUGUGUGUGUGUGUGUGUGUGUGUGUGUGUGUGUGUGUGUGUGAGAGUGUGUGUGUGUGUGUGUGUGUGUGUGUGUGUGUGUGUGUGUGUGUGUGUGUGUGUGUGUGUGUGACUGUGUGUCUGUGUGUGUGUGUGUGUGUGUGUGUGUGUGUGUGUGUGUGUGUGUGUGACUGUAACGAGAGAUUAACACGGGAGCGCGCCGCACGCCCCCGUGUCGUCCAUCCAUCCGCGGUGAGAGUGAUCAUGACGGCCCGGUCCGUGCGGUCCCUGUCCGGAGCCCUGAAGCCGUUGUUCAGCAACCGGUGUCCCGGGAUAACUUCCUGUUUCUUGCAGGUUUACGGUGCAGCUUCAUGCAACCAGAGGCAGAAGUCCACGUACACACCUCCGCCGGCUCGGUACGGAGGCAGGCACACCGUGACUCUGAUUCCCGGAGAUGGCAUCGGACCAGAGCUGGGCAACCACGUGCGUGAACUAUUUCGGUUCUGUUGCGUGCCCGUGGACUUUGAAGUUGUCAAUGUGGACUCAUCCGUGGCGUCAGAGGAUGACAUCAAUAAUGCCAUAAUGGCUAUCAGACGCAAUGGAGUUGCACUAAAAGGUAACAUUGAGACCAACCACAACCUGCCACCAUCCUACAAGUCCAGAAACAACCUGCUCCGCACCACUCUGGAUCUGUACGCCAACGUGAUGCACUGCCAGUCCCUACCGGGAGUGAGGACUCGCCACAGAAACAUCGACAUCAUGAUCAUCAGGGAGAACACGGAGGGAGAGUACAGCAGCCUGGAGCACGAGAACGUACCGGGCGUCGUUGAAUGUCUGAAGAUCAUCACCAAGACCAAAUCUCUACGCAUCGCUGACUACGCAUUCAGGACUGCUCGGGCCAAAGGACGCAGACGAGUCACUGCCGUGCACAAAGCUAACAUCAUGAAGUUGGGUGACGGGCUCUUCCUGGAGUGCUGUAAGGAGGUCGCCAGCGGUUACCCUGAAAUCACCUUCGACAGCAUGAUUGUGGACAACACCACCAUGCAGCUGGUUUCCAGGCCCCAGCAGUUCGAUUUGAUGGUCAUGCCCAACCUGUAUGGCAACGUGGUGAGCAAUGUGUGUGCCGGGCUGGUCGGCGGACCCGGCCUGGUGCCUGGAGCCAACUAUGGAGAGGACUACGCCGUGUUUGAGACGGGCACCAGGAACACCGGGAAGAGCAUCGCUAACCGUAACACAGCAAACCCCACGGCCAUGCUGCUGGCCUCCUGCCUGCUGCUGGACCACCUGAAGCUCCACGCCUACGCCAGCAUGAUCCGCAGGGCCAUCCUCUCCACCGUCAGUGAGACUCGGCUGCACACUGCCGACCUCGGAGGACAAGGCUCCACCUCUGAAGUGGUCCAGUCCAUCAUGAAUGCUGUUCAGAGCACCGGGCCUCAGACUCUGAGCAUCUAGAACAAACACACAUAAAAUAUAGAAACUGUCUCUCACAGCAGAGACGUGUGUGUGUGUGUGUGUGUGUGUGUGUGUGUGUGUUAGUGUGCCUCUCUUCAGUGUUUGAUAGGAACACUGAAAUAUCUAUGCAAUAGUUUCCUUCUUAUCUUCACAUAGAUUGUUUCACUGUUAUUUAAAGUUUGUUUGAGCACUUGGUUUGAAGCUUUACUUUCCCAUCAUACUGUUGACUGUGUGAAACACUCGGGGUUCCCACGUGUCCUGGAAAACCUGGAAAUCAAGAGACUAGUGUUCCAGUCAUGGAAAACAGCUGGAAAUUGAUUAAAAUGAUCAAAUAUCCUGAAAAUAAUCUGUGUUCUCCUGGAAAUGUUUGUGUUUUAGGCCCUCUGAUCGGCUCUGUAAACCUGGGUGUGUAUUUUGUUUGAAACUCGACUGUUGGACACUUCAGAGCAGGUCCACCAGGUCUUCUCAAUAUCAGGUCUAUUUGUUCCAGAGUUGGGAGCAAAACUCUCAUAUGUCCUUGCAUUACAGGCUAUUAAUGAUCAAAUCUCUUGUUGCUGUGGUUGAUAAAUACACACAGUGAUAUUAAUUGUACGUGAAAUUAACAAUUUAACCUUCUAGAAGAUUAAUUUUCUGUAAAAUAAAAUUAAUUCUACUUGAUUUGAACUGUAACUGAAGGACUGUGGCCACAUUAAUGGAGUCAAUCUGCCUGAAACUGUAGUUUAUAUGAAGCACUGUCCUGUAUUGUCCAGAAAAAAACUCCUGGUAAAUGAUUUAUUAGAAAGAUUGGGAACCCUGAAUACCUCAGUAGUGCUGUUUGAGUUCAUCCUUCCCAUGUUUAUUAGUUUGUUUCAUUUAUUUAUUUAGUAUAACUUAUUUUAAAGCAAUCUCAGCUGUUGUUCGUCCACCAAACGUUUUGGGCAACAGUUACCUCUAAUAAAGCUAAUAAAGCUAAUAAAG